UAAAAAUAGAGAGCAAAAUUUGAAAUCAAAAGUGAAGAGAGGGAAAAUAUUAGAAAAUUUUGAAAAGAAAAAUAAAACAAGAAACGACCGUCUAAUAACGGCGUAAAACACCGACGAGAAGGCACGACAGGACUAUAAAAGAAAGCCACAGAAAGCAACACAAGACAAAUACAAAAUCACCGGAUCCGACCAAACUCAGUCUGCAAUGGGAGUAGAAGUGACCGAUAUAUGCAUGGACAAGCAGUCAAAUGCUGUCUUAGUUUAUUCACAUAGUGUUCCCCAUGAUUCAAAUCAUGAACCUGUUCUGAAUCAUCAUGAUGUUCUAGAAUCAUAUGAGCCUAUAGAUGGGGUUCCUGAGCUUCAGAGAUCCGAGGAGAGUUCUGAAGCAAAGGAAUGUGAGGUGAAGGAAUGUACAACUGAAAUAUCGGUUGAUUCUACUGAAGUUCCUCAUGCUGAAAGAAGUAAGGAGGACCUGAAUGCAUUGAGCUCAAAAUUAGUGGAUGAUUUGUUUGAGGGGAAGAUUACAUCAGGAGAUGAGAAAACUACGGACAUUAUUAAGUCUCAACCGCGUGUUAAGCAUGCAUCAAAAGCUGCUCCAGCAGCUGUUCGAACAAAACACACUGUUCCUCAGCCAUUUGCCCUAGCAACUGAAAAACGUGCUUCAUCUGGAACUCGUCCCACCGGAUCUGACGUUGGUGCCACUGCUGGUACAAAUAAAUCAUCAAGCAAAGUCCUGAAUCCAAACACUCUAAAGCAGAAUCAGCUACUUGGAGUAGCAAGAAAGCCAUUGCAACCGAAAAAUAAGAAGCACUCUGAUGAAGAAGAUACUUGUUCAGUCACUUCCACUACUGCAACCUCUGCUCGGAUCAGUAAGUCCAGGACUAUUGCUGCUUCAGCUCCAGUAUUUAGAUGCUCCAAACGUGCUGAGAAACGGAAGGAGUUUAAUUCAAAGUUAGAGGAGAAACAUCAAGCACUGGAGGCCGAGAAAACCCAGAGUGAAGCUAGGACCAAGGAAGAGAAGGAUGCAGAUAUUAAGCAACUGAGGAAGAGUUUGAUGUUUAAGGCCAGCCCGAUGCCAAGUUUCUACCAUGAGGGACCUCCACCAAAAACUGAACUGAAAAAGCUUCCACCAACUCGUGCAAAAUCACCGAGGCUGGGUAGAAGGAAGAGCUGCAGCGAUGAAGUUAAUUCUUCUCAGGUCGAUAAGGUAAAAGUAGCUGUUGAUCAGGAAAAUCGUCAGAGCUUUGACAGUCGCAAAGAAGAUGCAAUCGCCCCUGUGGUUCUGAAUGGCCAUUCUGUUCAAGAUGAAAAUGAGCAAGAAGAAGAGAGCAACAACUCGAUUUCAUCUGAGGUAAACGAACAGAAUUCUGCAAGCAUCGAGCUUUCGUGUUAAGUUUGCAAUUGAGUUAUUAAUUUAUAAGAGGCAAAAGGUUCCGAAUCAUUUCAUUCGUUCUUUUUGUGACUUAUGUGAAGAAAUGUGAAUCUUUUUUCUUUUUCUUUAACGUGCAAGAACUUGUUGCCAUGUUUGUGUAAUGUAUGAAGUGUAAAUUUUCUGUAAGUUAUGAAAUCUACAUAAAAUAUCCUCAUUUUUCUGUA